AGUACAGGUGUCAUCUACUGCUCUGAUCGUGCCAUCGCCAACGGGUUCAAUUACGCCUGUUCUCAUGAGUGGGCUAAUCUCGGUCAAGGAGCUCCUGAGGUAGGCCCGAUUCCGGAUGCCCCACCCCGCCCAGAGUCCAUUCCCAUUUCCGUGGAUUCCCUUGAAUAUGCCCCGACUACUGGUGUCAAAGGCUUGCGUGAGGCGGUGGCCAAUCUAUAUAACCAUACAUACCGUCGAGAAAAGCAGAGCCAGUAUACCUACGAGAACGUUUGCAUCGUCCCUGGUGGGCGUGCAGGUCUAUCGCGUCUUGCGGCGGUUAUUGGAGACGUAUACACUAGCUACCAAAUCCCUGAUUACACGGCGUAUGAUCAGGUCCUUAGCGCAUUCAAGCGUUUGGUCCCUGUCCCUACUGCGUAUGUAUUAGACUCCUCAUACAUCCACUCGUUGAUUCACGUUAAAGAUAUUCGAAACCAAGGAUUAGCAGUAAUUUUAGCCUCCAAUCCUCGAAACCCUACAGGACAAGUUAUCAAGGGCCAUGACCUGAAGGAGCUUGUUUCUAUAGGCCGGGAGGGCGUGACCGUCAUCCUAGACGAAUUUUACUCUUGGUACAUUUACCCAGAUAAUGAAAGCGACUACGGAAAGUCCAUCUCCUCUGCAAAGUAUAUAGAAGAUGAUUCUGUGGUUAUCAUCGACGGUUUGACCAAGAACUGGCGCCUUCCUGGUUGGCGCGUCUGCUGGGUCAUUGGUCCGAAGAAUUUGAUCACCGCGCUCUCCCAGUCUGGCUCAUUCUUGGAUGGUGGUGCAAAUCACCCAUUGCAACUUGCAGCGAUUCCGCUGCUGGAUCCCGACCGGGUUGCCAAAGAAAAGGUCGCACUUCAGAAGCAUUUCAAAGCGAAACGCGAUCAUGUGCUUGCUCGACUCAAGAAACUUCAUCUCGACGUCGACGUCCCUCCGUCUAGCACAUUCUACAUUUGGCUGAAUCUCGAGAAACUUCCUCCGCCUCUCAACAACGGUUUGACCUUUUUCGAGGAACUACUCAAGGAGCAAACUAUAGUUAUACCCGGCAUUUUCUUCGACAUUAACCCUUCUCACCGCCGGAAUCUGUUCAGUUCUCCAUGCCACCACUUUGUCCGUCUUUCGUUCGGGCCACCACUCGAGGAUCUUGAUAAAGGUCUUGAUGCCAUUGGUCGUGUUUUGGAGAAGGCGAAGAAGAGUACGCACACGUUUGGUCAAGGUUACAAAACUGCCGAGAAGGAGGACCCUGAACCUGCUCAGAGUUAAGUAUCAUUCAUUCCUCAUGAACAAAUAUGGGGGGUUCCAUGAAGGAUACCCGAGUUCUUCGUUUGAAUCGGGUUGGAAGAGAGAUACAUAGGUUUGAAGAAAGAUACGCAGUUUUGAAGGAUGCAGAAGAUGUAUUUGAUGUUGUAACAAUAUGGAUGAAGGGAUUGGUU